CCCGCCCCUUCUCGCGCCCGGGACGCGCCUCCCUCCCGCAGCCCCGCCAGCUCCGCGUCGGGCCGCCGCCUGCUCGGGCCGGGCCGGGUCGCAGCCGGAGCAUGGAAGCCGGGGAGCCUCGGCAGCCCCGCGAGCCCGGGCCGGGGGCAGAGACCACCACGCCGGCCCCGCGCUGGGAGGAAGCCAAGACUUUUUACGAUAACCUGGCGCCCAAGAAGAAACCCAAAUCGCCCAAGCCACAGAAUGCGGUCACCAUUGCCGUGUCCUCCCGGGCUCUGUUCCGCAUGGACGAGGAGCAGCGUAUCUACACGGAGCAGGGCGUGGAGGAGUAUGUGCGCUACCAGCUGGACCACGAGAAUGAGCCCUUCACCCCAGGCCCCGCCUUCCCCUUCGUGAAGGCUCUGGAGGCUGUGAACAGACGGCUGCGGGAGCUGUACCCCGAUAGUGAGGACAUCUUCGACAUUGUCCUCAUGACCAACAACCACGCCCAAGUGGGUGUCCGUCUCAUCAACAGCAUCAACCACUAUGACCUGUUCAUCGAGAGGUUCUGCAUGACCGGUGGGAACAGCCCCAUCUGCUACCUCAAGGCUUAUCACACCAACCUCUACCUGUCCGCUGACUCCGACAAAGUGCGGGAAGCCAUUGAUGAAGGGAUUGCGGCCGCCACCAUCUUCAGCCCCAGCAGAGACGUGACUGUGUCCCAGAACCAGCUGCGCGUGGCCUUUGAUGGCGAUGCCGUGCUCUUCUCCGACGAGUCCGAGCGCAUCGUCAAAGCUCACGGGCUGGACCGCUUCUUUGAACACGAGAAGGCACAUGAGAACAAACCUUUGGCCCAGGGCCCCUUAAAGGGCUUUCUGGAGGCUCUGGGGCGGCUGCAGAAAAAGUUCUACUCCAAGGGUCUGCGGCUGGAGUGUCCGAUCCGCACAUACUUGGUGACGGCACGCAGCGCCGCCAGCUCCGGGGCCCGGGCUCUCAAGACCCUGCGGAGCUGGGGGCUGGAGACGGAUGAGGCGCUGUUCCUCGCCGGCGCGCCCAAGGGCCCCCUCCUGGAGAAGAUUCGCCCACACAUCUUCUUCGAUGACCAGAUGUUCCACGUGGCUGGGGCCCAGGAGAUGGGCACUGUGGCUGCCCAUGUGCCUUACGGCGUGGCCCAGGCGCCCCGGCGGACUGUGCCCACGAAGCCGGCCCCACCUGCACAGUAGCUGAGCCCAGGCUUUCUCGAUGCCCCCUGGCACCGGAUCCUCCUGGUUCCGUGUUGCCCUUCCCUCUGCAUGUCUUCUGUCAUCCCCGAGGAGCGGGGUGGGAGAUAGCGCAGACCAGCUCAGCCUUCUCACCUGCCCCUUCCCGUCUGAGGGCACACACAGUGGCACAAUCUUGCCAGGAAAGUAAGACGUCAGUGUAGCUGGAUUUGGGGGAGAGGUAGAAAGAAUGAGGGGAGGAAAAUGGAGAUGAAGUGGGGAGUUUUAAAGGCCAGUGUGGAACACAAGCUCAGUCUCCAAGAACACUGCCUUGAGGAAAGAGCCUUCUCGGCUGGCCUGGCAUUAAUUACACCCAAGAGGAAGUCCCUCUCCUUCAGAGCCAUUUCUGUCUCUUAGGUGGCUCUCAAACUCUCCUUUCGCCAGGAUGCUGAGUUUUAUAAGAUCACCCUCUUUAGUUUGGGGGGUGUGUGUGUGUGUGUUUUGCUUCUGUCUGGGGCCUUCCAGGUGGUGCUGCUGAGCAGUGCUUGGUCAAGUGGGCCAGUAGUUCAGGGCAUGGUGCUGCAUGGACUCUGUGGUGCCAGGGCCACCGAGGCCACUCCAGCAGCGCUUGGGGGCUUCCGGGCUACAGCCAGUGGUGCCCGGAAGGUCGUGUGAUGCUGAAGAUUAAACCCAGUUCUGG